AUGGAAGAUGAAUUUGAAGAUAAAAUAGUCGCCGAAAUUUUCAUUGCUCACAUGAGGAUAUUUUCCAAGUUUUUUGGUGAUUUUGGUGUCCGUUUCCCGCUUGUGUCAUAUUUCCUUCAUUACCUGCGGUUACUGGCCUGUAAACAAGAAGUGAUUUUAGUCUCAGUUGCACUUCUGUUUGUGGUGAUACUCCUCCACAUUACAGACCUCUGGACAUCCCCGAUUCUUCGUCGAUUCAAUUUCAGUGCAGCCGUCAAUUUUGGAGUCUUUCUUUCCCCUCCAUCCUUGAAAACAGCGCAGCAGUUCUUCAAGGGCGUUAACAAUCAUGUGGGAGAGCCUGCUGUUUUCUCCAAUGUUGGGCAUGAGAAUGUGGAAUAUCGAGAUGGGAAUGUAGAAGUAACUGCCCGAAAAGGAAGGCGACUCACCAUGGAGGACAGAUUCACAGUUGUCAACAAUAUUCCUGGAACUGCUUUCUCCUUGUAUGCUGUAUUUGAUGGACAUGGUGGAAAUUUUGCUGUGGAUCUUGUGCACUCCACACUUGUUAAGCGCCUUCAGGCACGUUUGUCGGAUGUGAAUGAAGGUGGUCAGAAGUCAGAGGUACUGUCAUCAGUCUCAAAACUUUUGAAGCAAGAAAUAUUGGAUGUUGAUUCUGAUGUGAUAAAACGAGGAAAGGCAGUGAGUUCCUUUUCUGGUUCAACAGCUCUUGUGGCUGUGUCAUGGAAAGGAAGACAUCUUGUUGUUGCCAAUGUGGGUGACUCAAGAGGAGUCAUGUGUGAUUCCAAAGGCAGUGCCGUCCCACUAUCUUAUGAUCAUAAGCCUCAUCAAGAGAAAGAGAAAAGGCGCAUCGAGGAAGUCGGUGGUUUCAUCUCCUUCAAUGGAGUUUGGAGGGUUCAAGGUGUUCUAGCUACAUCCAGGGCUUUGGGUGACUUCCCUCUAAAAACCAAAGGUGUUGUCAUAGCUGAACCUGACAUUUUAACCUUUGAUCUAAAAGACUGGGAACCUCCAUUGUUCAUCUUGGCCUCUGAUGGUCUCUGGGAUACAGUUACUUCAGAUGAGGCUUGUAGAAUUGCAUCCAAAGCAAAUCCUGGCAGUAGAAGCCAAAUCCUUGCUGAACAUGCCUUUGACAAGGGUUCUACAGACAAUAUUUGUGUGUUGCUUGUGAAUUUUCCUUCUUCUUUCUGGGAAAAUACAAAGGAGUGA